AUGGCCAUGGAGAGGUUCUUUACGGCGCUCGUCUUCUGCGAGGCGUUGCUGGAGGGCUACGGCACAUCGGUGCUCACCGCCGGCGCGAGCAACAGGCUGGUCGUUGGCGGUGGCGGCGCGACCAAGCCGUCGGUGGCUAGCAAGGCGGACGCUCAGAAGGAGCAGGGACUCUUCAACGGCAAGCCGACGGCGCAUCGGAGCCCUGCUGUCGAGCUCGCGUUCGACGGGGUCAACUGCUUCGACACCGUCGUCAUGCACUGA